AUGUCCGUUUUGUAGUGGUAAAGAUGAAAAGUGGUACCAUGAAAGUUGUAAACAUAAAAUUUCCCCACAAAAAUUGGUGUGAUUAUGUUUUAAUAAGAUAGAUAGUUUUUUUUAGAAUUUGUGUAGUUUAAAUUGUUUUGAUAUUAAAAAGAUCUCUAACUCAUCUUUAUAAUUUUCUCUAUAUUAGAUGAACUCUAAAACAUAAUCAUUUUUUUGUGCCAAUGUGGUUUUCUAUGAUAGAAUAUUGCUAUAUUUUCCCCUAUUAUACAGCAAGACAUUUUGAAUAAGAAACAUCUGUAUUUUAGAAUUGCUUUGUUAUAGAGAAAAAAGUAGAAAUUGGUUGGAGAUAGUCUAAAGAAACACAAAAUCCUCAUGUCAUGACGUUAGCAAAUAUCUAAAUUUGAUCUGUCAAAUCAUGAUCAUCCUUUUCAAGAUUAUAUAUUAUUGUAAAACCGGGUCACAUAAGCUUUUGACUUCAAGGCAGUUUCCAUGCAUUUUCACAAAAUUUUCAUGUAGAAGCAACAUAAUAUAAAAAUAAUAUUCUAUAGACCUUCAACUAUAUUCUCAAUUCCUGUGAUGCCUAUUUAUAUAUGUGUUUCUCUUCUAGUCAGUUAUUCAUCGACUAAACUGUGAUAAGUCUAAUAAGGCCUCACGCUACAACGUGAAAAUGACGACGGUAGUGGAAAUGGAUGUGCCUAUGGACUGUCCUGGUUGCGAGAGAAAAGUUAGGAAGGCUCUUGAAAGCAUUAAGGGAGUCCAUGAUGUUCAGAUAGAUAUGAAUCAGCAGAAAGUAACGGUGACUGGUUCGGCGGAGCAGAAGAAGGUUCUUAAAGUUGCAAGGAGUAUUACAGGAAGAGAGGUAUGCUUAUGGUCGUGCCCUUACCACCCCGAAUCUAAUGGAUUUAACGACAAGUACUACAAGAAGAAGUUUCGCAAAAGAAUCAUCAUGUCAAAAAAUGGUGAGAAAGUGAAUUCUUAUAACUAUUAUAUGCAUGGAUACCACGGACACGACCAUGGUUACCAUCAGGAACGGCCUUAUUCUGGUCAUAUCGACGAGAACGCUACUUCUAUGUUCAGUGAGGAAAACCCUCAUUUCUGUAACAUCAUGUGAUCGAUCUCCAUUUCAACGGCUACUAUGCAUGGAACAACUUUAGUUUGGUUAUGCUCCUUCCUUUGUAAAUAAACACGCAACCUAGUCGAAACCAAAUAUGAGUCCUCCUCGGCUCGUCCUCAGCUCAGUUGGAUUUGAUCCAGUCUCGAUCAAAAUGUUUAUGUAAUAAAUGGGUUUGGUUUAAAUUUAGUAAGAUCAAAUAAAGCUUGGUAGUUAUAUCGCAUGUAUAAUGUAUACGUGGCUUUAAUUGGUUUAAAGAAACCGAAUAUUCUAUUAUUGUAUAUACAGUAGAAACUCUAUAAAUUAAUAUUCGAUAAAUUAAUAAAUUUAUCCGGUCUUAAAUUAGGCCGUUUUAAAAUAAGAUAUUUUCGAUAAAAUAAUAAGAUAAUAAAAACAUAAAAGCCAAUUGUUAACGAACAAACAUAAAAUUAACAGGUUUUGUCUAUUUUUAAUGAUUGACUAAUAUAAUCUUAAUUUUGCGUAGUUAAUGGCUAGUUACUAAAUAAGCCUGUGCACACAAUGCAUGUUUAUUAAAUAUGCAGAUUUUAAACACUUCAAGAAAAAAAAAACUGAUUUUUUCCGUUAUGAACCAUAUCUUUUAUAUAUUAAAAGCGAAACAUUAAAACCUUCGAGUUAUGAUUUUUAUAAUCUUAAGAAAAUAGGUUGGUCCAUCUAGUUAUAUAUUAUAUAUUUUUAUUAAACUAAGCAUAGAAUAAAUAUUAAUGUUUUAAAAUAUAUUUUCUAUUUUUUCCAUAAAUAAAAUCAACGGAAUUACAUAAUAUUAUUAAUAUAUAUAUGAGAAUUAAUGAUUUUGAAUAAUAAAGAUAUGAUAACAAUUUGUGCAACUUCAGUCAUUUUUUUUAAUUUUAUAUUACAUUUUAUUUUAUUUUUAAAAAAAUAACUUUAAAAAUUUUAUUUAGAAAAAUACAAAUUAACAUAAACAUAUGAGUAUGAAGUCUCAUUUAAUAGAUAUUUCAGAUUAAAAUAUAUAUAUCUAUUUUAAAAUCAGUUAAAUUAUUAAAUUCAACUGUAUACCAUAUAAAAUACAUAAACAUUGGAAACUUUAAAUUUGCAUUGAACAAAUCUUAAGAAUUUACUAUUUAAUUUCAAAAUUUGCAUUGAAUUUUUUAAAAUAAUUAUAAAUUACUAAAACUUUUAAAAAUCUCAUAUUGAAAAUUUGUUAUCAAUGAUUUAAAAAUUUUGUUAUAAAAAUAUAAAGGGAAAUUUGGAAAAAAGGAACAACUAAACUAUGCUAUUGUCCCCUUAGUACAAAAUCAAACUUUGUCACUUUUGGACUUUCACUACCCUUAAAAGUUAUAAAAAUUUAUAUCAAUUAA